UCCACAAACACUCCCCAUUCAUGUCUGCGUCCCAGCUUUAAUUAAUUUUGUGCAGCUGGCCGGUUGGUGGCAGCAGCCAGCAGCCCGGGUAAAUCAUAUCGUUACACACUGCAGUACUGAACACACAUUGCAUGUGCUGCAGUCGUGCAAACUGUAUGUAGCAAUAGGUCUCAAUCUUUCAGACAAUCAAGGUGUAGGUGUAGAUGCAUAUAGUUGCACGCCAACAGGAAGUUCUGAUAUAGUCGGGUUUCAGAAAACAGAAGCUCCAUCAGCAGUUUCAAGAACAAGGGGACGAGGGAGAAGACAUCUGCCGAGGAUGACAGGAACGGCACCGGCGGCGUGGUUCAUCUUCUUCUUGCUGGUUUUCGUCGGCGGCGUCUCCGCCGCGGCGUUCUCGUUCCGCCUCCUCGUCUACCUCGCGCUCUGCCUGAGCCGGCCAAAGGACCUGCGCCGCCGGUACGGCGCGUGGGCCUUGGUCACCGGCCCGACGUCCGGCAUCGGCCGUUCCGUGGCGCUGGAGCUCGCGCGCCGCGGCCUCAACCUCGUCCUCCUCGACCUCGACGCCGCCAACCUCCAGGAGACCUCCGACGUAAUCACGUCUCGCCACGGCGUGAAGAGGAGGACCGUGGUGUUCGACCUCUCGCUCGUCGGCACCCCUCAAGGCGACGAGUCGAUGCGGCGGCUCCGGGCGGCGAUCGAGGGCCUGGACGUCGGCGUGCUAGUGAACAACGCCGGUGUGGGGAGGCCGGCGGUGGCGUACCUGCACGAGGCCGACGUGGAGGCGUGGGUGAGGAUGCUACGGGUGAACCUGUGGGCGCUGACGGAGGUCACGGCCGCCGUCCUGCCGGGGAUGGUGGAGCGCGGCCGGGGCGCCGUACUGAACAUGGGCUCGGCGUCGUCGGAGGCCAUCCCCUCCUUCCCACUCAACACCAUCUACGCCGCCACUAAACGGUACGUUUCUAAGUUCUCGAGGAGCCUUUACGUCGAGUAUAGAAGCAAAGGGAUUGAUGUGCAGUGCCAGGCCCCGUUCUUCGUGGCGACCAGGCUGGUGCCCAGAGCCGUGCUGGACAACUGGCUCUCGCCGUUCGUCCCCACGCCGGACGCCUACGCCCGCGCGGCGGUGCGCUGGAUCGGGCACGCCCCGCUCUGCACCCCCGCCGUCGGCCACCAGCUCCUGUGGUGCCUCGCCGGCGUCCUGCCGGACGCCGCGCACGACUGGCUCCGCCUGCGCGAGCACCUGCGGUUCAGAGCGCUGUUCCAGAGAGAAAGGGCGGCGAUGGCGUCGGCAGCUGAUCGGGGAGAGAAAACGACGCACGCCAAAAAAUGAGUUUUUUUUUUUAGUUUGGCUAAUAAUGUGCUUGCUUGGCCUGCCGGAACUGAUGUGGUUCCUACGGUUCACCCCAAACUGUGUGCAUCAUGAAGCUGUACGUGGUUCAUUUGCCUCUCCUUGCUUGAGCCUGAGAUUACAAGCGGGAGAACAAAAAAUGAGUUUUGCUACGGUGUUUGCUA